CGCCGCCAUUCCUCCCUCCGCCACUCGCCAUCAUAUAAUCACAUCCCUCGCCCCCGCUUUCAUUCAACGACCGGUCGUCUCUUCCAUUUUCCGUAGCUUCCCCGUCAUUUUCUCGGCCGGGAAAAUAUUGACCGCCCUUUUUUUCUCUCUGGAAAGAGAAAAUUCUCAGCGCCGGGAAAAUUUAAAGAAAGAGCGGAAAGCGUUACGUUCCUACAGUUUCCGCUUGGUCCCCCCUGUUUUUAACGUAAGGAAAAAGUGGUGGGGGCGAAGCGAAGCUUGGGGUCGAGCUUUUUCUACUGUUCUUGGGUUACUUUGGGCUUCUGCAGCUGCGUGGUGAUCGAUUGUUGAAGGUGAAGAAAGGGUAAGAAGAAAAAGAAGAAAUGGGGAGGCGUGGAAUUUGGUGGAUACCCUUUGAUCUGCUGGGUGCGUGAUUUGUAGAGGAAGAUAAAGGUUUUCUGACGAAGUGGGUCGGAAAGAUUUUCCUGGAAAGGGAGCAGAGUGGAGCGUUGAGGGGGGAAAUUUCAAGGGAAAAAUGCCUUUGGUUCAGCGAAGGAAAGCUGCGGAGGCUGAUAGAGCCUCCAGCUCCGACGAGAAAAUCGCCCGGGACGCUAGCGAGGACGAGGACAGGAAGAAGAAGGAAUCGUCGCCGAGGAAGAAGGGGAAAGCCGGCGAGAAGAGCAAGUGGUCGUGCUUGGACAAUUGCUGCUGGUUCGUGGGUUGCGUCUGCACAGUGUGGUGGCUGCUGCUGUUCCUGUACAAUGCGAUGCCGUCCUCGUUCCCGCAGUACGUGACCGAGGCGAUCACGGGGCCGUUGCCGGACCCGCCGGGCGUGAAGUUGAAGAAGGAAGGGCUGGCGGCGAAGCACCCCGUGGUGUUCGUGCCGGGGAUCGUGACGGGCGGGCUCGAGCUAUGGGAAGGGCAUGAGUGCGCGGAAGGGCUGUUUAGGAAGCGUCUGUGGGGCGGCACGUUUGGAGAAGUGUACAAAAGGCCUCUAUGUUGGGUAGAGCACAUGUCAUUGGACAAUGAAACCGGAUUGGAUCCUCCUGGUAUAAGAGUCCGUCCAGUGACUGGACUUGUCGCUGCUGACUACUUCAUGCCUGGCUAUUUUGUCUGGGCGGUUCUGAUUCACAACUUAGCUCGGAUAGGAUAUGAAGAGAAGACUAUGUAUAUGGCUGCUUAUGAUUGGAGACUCUCGUUCCAAAACACCGAGGUGAGGGACCAAACACUGAGCCGGAUAAAAAGUCACAUAGAAAUGAUGGUGGCCACUAAUGGAGGUAAAAAAGCUGUUGUAAUCCCUCAUUCAAUGGGUGUUCUGUACUUUCUGCACUUCAUGAAAUGGGUUGAGGCACCAGCUCCAAUGGGUGGAGGCGGUGGACCUGAUUGGUGUUCUAAGCAUAUAAAAGCAAUCAUGAAUAUUGGUGGACCAUUUCUGGGAGUUCCAAAGGCUGUUGCUGGGCUUUUCUCUGCUGAAGCGAAGGAUAUUGCAGUUGCCAGGGCAAUUGCACCAGGUUUCCUGAGCAACGAUAUAUUUCGCGUCCAAACUCUGCAGCAUGUAAUGAAGAUGAGCCGCACGUGGGACUCCACCAUGUCAAUGAUCCCAAAGGGUGGGGACACAAUUUGGGGUGGUCUUGAUUGGUCACCUGAGGAAGGAUAUCUUCCUAGCAAGAUAAGGCAAAGAAUGAAUGACUCACAGGUUUCAAGUGAAAGUGGCACCAACAGUUCCGGUUCUCGAGCCAGAGUUAAUUAUGGAAGGAUCAUAUCAUUUGGUAAAGAUGCGGCAGAGUCUCCGAGUUCUGAGAUUGAGAUGAUUGACUUUAGGGAUGCUGUUAAAGGCCAGAAUCUUGCCAAUACAACCUGCCGUGAUGUAUGGACCGAGUACCAUGACAUGGGAAUUGAGGGGGUCAGAGCUGUAGCUGAACAUAGAGUUUACACUGCCGAAACUGUUUUAGAUCUGCUCCAUUUUGUUGCUCCAAAGAUGAUGGCACGUGGCAGUGCUCAUUUUUCAUAUGGAAUUGCUGAUGAUUUGGAUGACCCAAAGUACAAGCACUAUAAAUUUUGGUCAAACCCUUUGGAAACGAAAUUACCAAGGGCCUCUGAUAUUGAAAUCUUCUCCAUGUACGGAGUUGGCAUACCGACUGAAAGAGCUUACAUUUACAAGUUGUCUCCCUCUGCCGAAUGUUACAUUCCCUUCCAGAUUGACACUUCAUUCGAAGGUGAAGAUGAAGAUAGCUGUCUGAAGGAUGGCGUGUACACUGUUGAUGGGGAUGAAACUGUGCCAGUGUUAAGUGCAGGCUUCAUGUGCGCUAAAGGUUGGCGUGGUAAGACCAGAUUCAAUCCCUCAGGAAUUCGCACAUACGUUAGGGAGUAUGAUCAUGCUCCUCCAGCAAAUUUAUUAGAGGGUCGGGGAACUCAAAGUGGUGCGCAUGUAGAUGUAAUGGGAAAUUUUGCAUUAAUAGAGGACAUCAUAAGGGUGGCCGCUGGAGCUACUGGAGAAGACUUGGGAGGUGAUCAAGUCUACUCUGACAUUUUUAAGUGGUCUGAGAAGAUCAAUUUAGCGCUAUGAUUUUACACGCCGCUUCAUCAACGGGUGCUAAGCCGAGCAGAUUUUAUUUGCAGAAGCAUCUAUCGAAGCUUCUCUUUUGCCUUCUCGAGAAACGAAGGCUUUCCAAAUGCGACGACUGCAGUCAAAAUGUAAACCGCCUUGCUUCUGCAGAUGCCGUUCGACAUGCAUAUCAUGAGGACUGGCCGUCUCCCUCUUUGUGGAGUAUCUGUAAAACUAUUUCGCAGCAAGCAGACCAAUAUCUUAUUCAAGGUUGCAGACAGUAAUUUUCGCCACUUAAUUUAGUAGUGUGCGACUUGACAGACACUACAAGUCGUCGAUUCAUAAAGUCUUGCUCCUGCCCUCUGUAUUUCCGCCUUAUAACAUCGUCAUAGGAACUUUCGAAGCGCACUUUAAUCCGUGUAUUCAUCACUAUGUAGUGGUUUCUCAGAAUGGCCAUGUGAAGAUUGUGUACAA